AGCUCCCGGAGAAGCCGAAAAGGAGCGGGUGAGCCCCUGACAGAGGAGUAAAUCUGCAGAUCAACACAAAUCCUCCUGUUUCUGUUUCCUCCAGCGGCGGCGGUCAGCCUUUCUCCAGCCGCCCCGGCGCGUCCGAAUAGCGGAUACUAUAAUCAUAAUCAUCCGUGCGCUUGAAGAAAAAAACCCAGAUCGUGUUUACGGCGACUUUACGGUAUAUCAGGGAUGCUGCUUUGAGCUCCUGGAUUCCUGAUGCAUCUGUUCUUUCUGCGGAUCUGUGGAAUUGGUAGAUAGACAGACACACACAAAUAGAGAGAACAAGGAGUGUGAGACAGUUCUCAGACUGAAGAAGAGAUGUGACGGUUGGAUUCCUCCUACUCUCCGGCAACAAUGGGCCUCCAAAUCAUACACUGAAACAUCAGCGCUCACGACACAAUGGUCCUUGUUUUGUUCCUAUCAGUAACAACUCCACAGGUCACAACCAACGCAACAGAGAACAAUCAUGGGGACCCGGGGCCGUUCAACACACACAUCCUGUCCAUAUUGCUGGGGCUCUCCGUUUUGCUGCUUUUUCUAGGGUUGCUGACCUGGUAUUGCCUCAGGUUGAAAAACCAGAGGAAAGCUGUCAUCACAGCCGUGGAUAAGAAAGUGCCUAAUGGCAUCCUGGAAGAGCAAGAGGAAUAUAUAGAUGUGGAUGUGGAUGUGGAUAUGGAUAUGGAUAUGGAUGAGGAUGAGGAUGAGGAUGAUCUUGGCUGGCCAUCAGAAGAGCAACAGACGGUGGUCUUACUGCCCAGAUCCCCUUCAACAUCCAAAACAUAUCUCCCCAUCCCGGUAGACAACUUGGAGGAAGAGUAUCGGAUACGCUCAGCCGAUGAUGGGAAACUCUUUCGGGAAGAGUACAGUUCUUUACCUGGCGGUUCGAUACAAGGAACAUGUGAAGAGGCCAAUAAAGAAGAGAACAAGGAGAAAAACAGAUAUCCUAACAUACUACCAUAUGACCAGUCCAGAGUGAUUUUAACGCCGAUGGAUGGGGUCACUUGUUCAGAUUAUAUCAAUGCAUCAUAUAUUGACGGUUAUAAAGAUAAAAAUAAGUUCAUCGCAGCACAAGGGCCCAAACAGGACACGACGGCCGACUUCUGGAGGAUGAUAUGGGAGCAGAAAUCAUCCACCAUUGUAAUGCUAACCAAUCUAAAAGAGAGAAAAGAGGAUAAGUGUUAUCAGUAUUGGCCGGAUCAGGGCUGCUGGACGUACGGUAAUGUGCGCGUCGCUGUGGAAGACUUUACAGUACUGGUGGAUUAUACCAUACGCAAAUUCUGUGUGCAAUAUCAGGCCAGUGACGGCAGUAAAAGCCCUCGCCUGGUCACUCAGCUCCACUUCACCAGCUGGCCAGAUUUCGGCGUGCCAUUUUCCCCCAUCGGGAUGCUAAAGUUCCUGAAGAAGGUGAAGCAGGUGAACCCGUCGUACGCCGGACCCAUCGUCGUGCACUGCAGUGCUGGCGUGGGCCGGACAGGAACCUUCAUCGUCAUUGAUGCCAUGAUUGAUAUGAUGCACACGGAGCAGAAGGUGGACGUGUUCGGGUUUGUGUCCCGCAUCCGUGAACAGAGAUCUCAGCUCAUCCAGACAGACUUGCAGUACUCGUUCGUCUAUCAGGCUCUGCUGGAGUAUUUUCUGUAUGGAGACACAGAGCUGGACGUCUCUUCUCUUGAAGGACACCUGCAGAAACUGCACAACACCAAUGCUCCGCUGGACCGCGUCGGCCUCGAGGAGGAGUUUAAGAAACUGACAAACAUGCGUAUUAUGAAGGAAAACAUGAGGACAGGGAACCUGCCUGCCAACAUGAAGAAAAACAGAGUCCUUCAGAUUAUUCCAUAUGAUUUCAAUCGAGUGAUCCUGUCCAUGAAAAGAGGCCAGGAGUUCACAGAUUAUGUCAACGCGUCUUUCAUUGAUGGCUAUCGGCAGAAGGACUACUACAUUGCCACGCAGGGUCCUCUGGUGCACACCGUGGAUGAUUUCUGGAGGAUGGCGUGGGAAUGGAAGUGUCACUCGAUCGUGAUGCUGACAGAACUGCAGGAGAGAGAUCAGGACAAGUGUUUUCAGUACUGGCCUUCUGAGGACUCUGUGACUUACGGCGAGUUCAGUGUGGAGAUUAAAGGAGACACGCUGUGUGAAACCUUCAGCCUCAGAGAUCUGGUGCUCACGCACACCCCUGAGAAGCAGACGCGUUUGGUUCGACACUUUCAUUUCCACGGUUGGCCAGAGAUCGGGAUCCCAGCCGAAGGUAAAGGGAUGAUCGACAUCAUCGCAGCGGUUCAGAAACAGCAGCAGCAGUCGGGAAACCACCCCAUCAUUGUGCACUGCAGUGCGGGUGCGGGUCGGACCGGUACGUUUAUUGCUCUCAGUAAUAUCCUGGAGCGAGUGAAAGCCGAGGGUUUGCUGGAUGUGUUUCAGACUGUCAAGAGUUUACGAAUGCAGCGGCCACACAUGGUGCAGACAGUGGAACAGUAUGACUUCUGCUACAGAGUGGUACAGGACUUUGUCGACAUUUUCUCAGACUAUGCCAAUUUCAAAUGAUCUUCUCUGCCUUAAAUGUUUGAGUUUGACGCUUUUUUUACCCGUCAGUCGAUCAGGAUUUUACACGGCGACUGCAAGAUAAUUGCGCUCUAUUUUGCUAUGCACUUCUCCUCGAUGUUACUAAAAAGACCAUAUCUAUCUGUAACAUUACUAAGGCUACUAAAGUUUUACAGACUGUACAUUGUCUCCUUUAUAACAUGUAUUUAAAUGGGCUGUUUUAUUUUUGCCUCGAAUCAUUCCAGAUUUGUUUUUGUUUUUUUGUAAAAUAGUGUUUCGUCUGUUUUGUUCGUUUGGCUAAUUAUUUUUAUUUUUUUUUAAUCAAGCGAAUUUGUAAAGCUGUGGGUGGUUUGUAUUUAUGGACAUCCUGCCAGAGAAAAGAUGUUUGUGAAUGUUCAUGCCGUUUAUUUAUUCAGAGUUAUUGUCUUACGUUUGAUGAAAGAGAACUUGUUUUAUUCCUGUCUUUAACAAUUGUGCUCAUCUGCCAUUGCAAAUGUGAACUUUUUCAAGCUUUAAGGUGAGACACUGCUGGAAAAUAGGGUCAAAAAAUAAUAAAUAUUUAUUGACAAAUACUUCACCAUGAUUGAUUACAUUAAGAAUUGCAAAAAAAUAAAUUAAUUAAAUACCAGUUUAAUAAAAUGUGUGCAUAUGCAAAUAGGGCUUAUUUUAUUAAAUAUAAGCUAAUCUGCAUAUAAUUCUCACACCAAAAUCUCAACAUUAGAUGAAUUUUGAUAAUAAUAGAAUUAUAAUAUUGUAUAAUAAUAUAAUAUAUAAUAUUAUAUAUAAUAUUGUUUUUUUUCACAUAUUAAUGUUUUACAAAUCAGGUUUCUUUUUAUCACUCCAUAAUUCAGAAAAAAAACAGCCAAAUAAAUACAUUUUCCAAACUUUUUUGUCAAAUAAAAUCAGUAUAAAAUUAGUCUGAAUUUAUUCCUCAGUAAAACAUUUUAGCAUAUCCAGUGGUUAUCAAUAAAACCAUUAAGUAUGGUCUGUAAGAACUACUAAACUAUUUUUUAUUUAUUUAAGUUAACUGAAAUUUUACGUUUGCACAUGCAAAUUAGGCAUAUUUCAUUAAAUACUAGCUAAUUUGCACACAAUUCUGGCAAAAUCUCAACAUUGGAAAAAUUCUAAUAAUAAUAAAAAAAUCACAUAUUAGGGUUAAAUGUUUUAUGCAAGGGGUCUUUUCUAUCAUUCCAGAAUUCAGAAAAAAAAACAGCCAAAUAUUGUACAUAAUCAAGCAAAAUAUGUCUGAAUUUAUUCCUGUGUAAAACUCUUCAGAUUAUACAGUAGUUAUGAAUAAAACUUUAAAGUUUGGUCGGUAAAAAUUACUUAAAAAAUGAUUUAUUUAAGUUUACUGAAAUGUUAUGUUUGAGUAUGCAAAUGAGGCUUAUUCAAUUAAACAUGAGCUCGUUUGCAUACAGUUCUCACACCAAAACCUCAACAUUGGUUGAAUUCUAAUAAUAAAAUUCUAAUAUAUAUUUUUUCUCAUAUUAAAUGUUUUGCGAAUGAGGUGUUUUUUAAUCUCUCCAUAAUUAAGUAAAAACAGCCAAAUAAAUACAUUUUCACAAAUUUUUUUGAAAUAAAAUAUUGUAUAUAAUCAGGCAAAUUAUGUGUAAAUUUAUUCCUCUAUAUAAAAAGUGAAUAUGCAGUAGUUUUCGAUAAAACUGUUAAGUUUGGUCUGUAAGAACUGCUAAAAAAUCUAUAAUUUUCACUAAAAUGUUAUGUUUGAAUAUGCAAAUAAGGCUUAUUUCAUUAAAGGUGAGCUCAUUUGCAUACAGUUCUCACACCAAAAUCUCAACAUUGGAUGAAUUUUAAUAAAAAUAAAAUGUGAAUAUAUUUUUUUUCUCAUAUUAAAUGUUUUACGAAUGAGUUUUCUUUUUAUUACUUCAUAAUUCCAUAAAAAAAAAGCUUUUUGUGGAAUAAAAUAAUGUGUAUAAUCACACAGAUUUAUUUGAAUUUGUUCUUUUGUUAAAAUCUUCAGAAUAUAGAGUAGUUAUUAAUAAAACUGUAAAGUUUGGUGUGUAAGAAUUGCUAAAAAUUUGUUGAUUUACGUUUAAUGAAACUGUAUGUUUGAAUAUGCAAAUUAUGUGUUUUCCAUUAAACAUGAACUCAUUUGCAUAUGAUUCUUGCACCAAAAUCUCAACAUUGGAUGAAUUCUAAUAAUAAUUAAAAAAAUAAAUAAAUAAAUUAUAUAUAUAUAUAUAUAUAUAUAUAUAUAUAUAUAUAUAUAUAUAUAUAUAUAUAUAUAUAUAUAUAUAAUUUGUUUUCACAUAUUAAAUGUUUUAUGAUUAAACUCCAUAAUUCAGAAUAAAAACAUGCCAAAUAAAUAUUUUGUACAACUUUUUGUGGAAUAAAAUAUUGUAUAUAAUCAGGCAAAUUAUAAAAACUCUUCAGAUUAUACAUUAGUUAUGAAUAAAACUGUAGUUUGGUCUAUAUAUAGUAUAAGACUUGCUAAAAAAUAGUUUAUUGUCAAGUUUACCAAAAUGUUAGGUUUGAAUAUGCAAAUUAGAGCUAUUGUUUUUUUUUUUUAAGAGUUCACACUUAGCUAUUGCUUGAUACUGAUUGCAGGUUUGGCAUGCUGUCCCGGGAGAGAACCCUGAGUUUGGAGAUACUUGAGCCCAGGGCUCCCGCCCGGUCGUAUAGCAUAGAAGGGGGUCAGAGAUCAGGAAGGUCUCGAGAGCUCCCCCUCGUAAAGGAGGAAACGGGGAGAUAGGGUGUAUGGGGAAUUCUUCAAAAACUAAGAUAAUAGAAGUAAAAUUAUAUUGUGUUAUGAUUGUGGUGCUGGACCAGAAAUUCUAGUAUCCAAAUUUCAACUUCAGAUGAAUUCAGGAUCAAUUAUUUAAAUUGAUUAUUAUUAUGGUUAUUUUUUGCAUACAUUUGAGUUAAAUGUUUUUUUUUUUUUUACAAAGGGGAUUUGGGGCAUUUCUUUUAUCACUUCAUAAUUCAGAAGAAUGCCAAUAAUAUUAGUUAAAUUCCACACUUCUUUGUAGAAUAAACUGAUAUAAUAACUAUGUGAUAUACAUAUAUUAAUAAAGAAUAAUAAGCAAGACAUGUCUGACUAAAUCUGUACUUUUCCCCAAUAUACUGUACAGUAGGUGCUGCUAAAGUAGAAAAUAAAUAAUUAAAAUUAAAUGAAAGUCAUAAAAUGUUUUUUAAAUGUCUUCUUUACAUCCGACUGAAACAGAAAUCUCCAAAUUAACUGUCAUACAAAGUUUUUUGACUGCUUUUGCCUGCCGUGUCUCACUUUAAAGCAGAUAAACGAUGAGAGAGUAUGAAGUAUUGUUAUAAAGAAAGGCACAAACACAUUCACACAGGCUGAAAGAUCAGCAAAUGCUCACAUAUGAUCAACGUGUGUGUGAGACUGUUUAUCACUGGGUCUGUUUCCCUGAGAAGUGAUGCUGACUGCACAGGUUCUGAAAGCACACGCAUCACUGAUUGUUGCCUUGCAGAAGGCCAAGGAUUUAACAAUAAAUCAACAAAUGCAUUAUGAAAAUCA